CUCACACUGGACCCAAACACAGUACACAGAAACCUCUCUCUGUCUGAGGAGAACAAGGAGGUGACAAGGAGGAGAGAGGAGCAGCCGUAUCCUGAUCACCCAGAGAGAUUUGAUGUCUGUCCACAGGUGUUGUGUAGAGAGGGUCUGUCUGGACGCUGUUACUGGGAGGUAGAGGGGAGUAAAAGAGUGGGUGGGAUAGCAGUGACAUAUAAAGGAAUCAACAGGAGAGGAGGGGGUGGUGACUGUAGGCUUGGAUUCAAUGACAAAUCCUGGAGUCUGAACUGUUAUGAUGACUGUUACUCUGCCAGUCACAAUGAUAUGAGAACUGUCAUACCUGUCACCUCCUCUGUCACCUCCUCAGACCCCCACAGAGUAGGAGUGUAUCUGGACUGGCCUGCCGGCACUCUGUCCUUCUACAGAGUCUCCUCUGACACACUGACCCACCUGUACACAUUCAACACCACAUUCACUGAGCCCCUCUAUCCAGGGUUUUGGGUUGAUAAUGACUCCUCAGUGUCUCUGUGU